GCGUGUGUGUUUGAGAGAGAGAGAGAAAAGGAGGAGUGUAUCUGUCUAUUUAUCUAUGUACGUAUGCAUGCGUGUGUGCAUGGAGAGGCGUGAUGGCUCCUUUUCCCGACGAGGUGGACGUGUUCACCGGGCCGCACUGGAGAAUGAAGCAGUUAGUCGGUCUUUACUGCGAUAAGCUGUCGAAGACGAACUUCUCCAACAACAAUGAUUUCCGCGCAUUCCUCCAGACGCUCUGCGCCACCUUCAAUGAGUUCAAGAUCCACGAGCAGAUCGAGAACGAGUACAUCAUCGAGCUGCUGCAGCAGCGCAGCCGCACCACCUACAAUGUGCACUCCGACAACAAGCUCUCCGAGAUGCUGUCGCUGUUUGAAAAAGGCCUCAGGAACGUCAAGAGCGAGUGCGAGCAGCUGAACUAUGCACGGCAGCUGAAAGAGCGUCUCGAGGCUUUCACCCAGGACUUCCUUCCUCACAUGAAGGAGGAAGAGGAGGUGUUCCAGCCCAUGCUGAUGGAGUACUUUACCUAUGAGGAGCUGAAGGCCAUAAAGAGACAGGUGAUAGCGCAGCACUGCAGCCAGCAGCAGUGGGACACGGCCGCCGAGGUGCUGAAGGGCUUAAACCUGUGGAGCCAGGCCGAGGUGCUGCAUAAGGCCUUCAAAUACUCCGACCAUGAGAAGACCGAGGACGAAUGUGACAGUCGGGCGAGCACGCACAUCUCGGCACUGCCACAGGAGGUAAUGGUUCGACUGUUUCGUUACCUGGGCCCGGAGGACCUGUGUCGCUGCAGCCAGGUGUGCCAUACCUGGGCAGAGCUGGUUAAAACGGGUUCUCUGUGGAGACACCUGUACCCAGUCCGCUGGGCCAGAGGCGAUUAUUAUCGUGGUCCCCCAGGGGACCCAGACCAGGAUCCUGAUGCAGAAGACUGGGUGCAGAAUCUGCAGGAGGAAGGACGAGCCUAUCAGGAGUGGGAUGAGGACGCAGACAUAGAUGAAUCCGAGGAAGCAUGUGAGGACUCGCUGGCCAUCAGUGCCGUGCGCAAAGAAAAGAAGUUGCUGAAUGGAAUGAUCCAGAACCUUCUCCCUGCUGUGGGGUCAUCGGUUCGCACCCUCAGCUUGGCUUACAGUGCAGCCGUUUCCAGCAAAAUGGUGCGUCAGAUCCUUAGUCUUUGCCCAAAUCUCAUACACUUGGACCUCACCCAGACUGACGUUACCGAUUCCGCUUUCGAAAGUUGGGCGGAGCUGGGGGUGUGUCGCACGCUCGAGCAUUUGGACCUGUCGGGCUGCGAGAAGCUCACCGACUACACGCUGCAGAGUUUGUCUCUGGGUUUAGGCGAUCUGACCACGCCCAGGUUCUCCAAGAACAGCCCCGAAUGCAAAAACAAGCUUCUGAAGACACCGCCGUCUGCCAUCAAACUUCUGGACAAGCACUCCAGCUAUUCUCUAGGACGUGCACGCACGGCUCUCGUCUUUAAGUGGAGGCCUGGUGGGCGGAGCAUGAGCUGCAGCCCCGUCUGGGUUCUGGAUCCAGUCGAGCUUGCCGACAUCGAGGACGCAGCCAACUGGACUAGAAGAGAAGGCGUGGCCGGACACAGCGAAGGGCGUGGUGGUAUUUUAGGGAUGCAGGCGGGAGGCAAGUCGUGCUGCUGUAGGAGGAGCACGAGGCGGAGCUUUAGGACUGACAUUAGCUCCACCUACUUGCAACAGCUGUAUGGCACUCUGGGAGAAAUGCAGUGUGGCCACUCUGCAUGUUGCGCCUCAGACACCGCUUUAAGGACAUUGAAAGGAGCGCAGUGUGAGCCUCAAGCCACAGGGUGCAGCUCUGAGUUUUGGACUAAAUGCCCUUCCGAGGGCGAGUCAAGGACUGAUCAGACAGGAGCCUGCAGAGCUCUAAGGUUCCUCAGCCUAUCAGGAUGCUAUCAGAUCACAGACAUGGGCCUGAGGUGUCUCUCAAAGGGAGGAGGGCUUCCUCUGCUGGAGCAUCUGAACCUCUCAGGCUGUCUGUUCAUCACUGAAGUAGGACUGCAUGAGCUGGUGUCCGUGUGUCCCUCGCUCAACGACGAACACUUCUACUACUGCGAUAACAUCAACGGUCCUCAUGCUGACCGAGCGAGCGGAUGUCAAAAUCUGCAGUGCGGCUUCAGGGUUUGCUGUCGCUCCGGAGAGUGAUCGUCUUCCCCAAAUGGCUCGCUGCUGUUGUUUUUCUUUUUUUCUCCUCCACUUUCUCCCCUCUCUUCAUUUUGUCUUUCCUUAUUCUAUCCCAACACCCUCGUUUCUACUCUUCAAACCCCUCUGCGUGUCUCUCGUCCUGUUGCACCUCCUGCGUUUGCACUUUAAAUAUCGGAGGGGCUCGGGCUGCACUGUCACUCACGAGUCGUUUCACUCAAAAACAUAAAGGAGGAAUAAAACCCCAUGUUAAAUUUCCUGAAGCCUUUGCUGAGCAAUUGGACAGUUUAGAGUGUACAUUUGUAGAUGAAUGUGUUUAUUGAAGUUUCUAUGUGUUCCUUCUCUCGCGUCAAGUAAUUUUAAAAAGGGAAGGAUGUGAUCAUUAAUUUGGUGCGCUUUAAGAAAACAUUGCUUUAAGCACGGAAUAAUUGCGUUUUUUGUUUGUUUGUUUGUUUGUUUUGUAGUAAUUAUAUCUCCCAAAGCUGCAUAGCUGUCUAUGCUGUGUUCCUCAGCUUCUAGGGAAUAACAUGUAUAACACCUUAACCUAUAAUUACUGUACAGUAAUGUUACGUUCUGUGUAAAUGUGCUUUGCUUCUUUUCUCAUUUGCUAACGCAGACUCGGCAUAAGGAAACGAUUCAAGUCCCAUACAUGGGCUAACGAAAGAGUUCAACUAAAAGUGAAAUUGACCCAGUUUGCUCCAAAUGUUGAUGUUCAGCCAAUUGAGCAUUGAAAUGUAAUUGAAACCGGAAAGAUUCUAGCUACAGCAGUAAGUUUCCACACAGUUUCCAACAGUAGAGGAAUUAAGCAAGUCUAACGUAUUAAAUAUUACUCUGAUCCAAAUCAUAGAUGCUUGUGCAGAGAGAUACCAAACUACGUGUUGUAUUUGCAAGUUAGAGUGCUUUUAUAUCUUUCCAAAAGCAAACAAAACAAAAACCUUCUGAGGUUCAUGUAGACCUGAAGGCAUACUCUUUCUAUCAUUGAUUAGAAAAACAACAACCAGAAAAAGUCUACAAAUAUCUGUCAAGUGCGCAGGGAUAUCACAAAAAUCCACCCGAGCACGGUGAGUGCGCUGAAUAACCGAUUAGAUUAUUAUAUAAAUAACCAGUUCUAAACAACCAGGGCCUUUUUGUUGAACAAUCCAAAUAUCCAGAACAUGUCACAUCACUACAGCCCUGUCCGAGGUGAGCAGUACAUGUCUACAACAUCCUUUCUCAGUGCGAUUUAACCUGACUUUGAAGCAGACCGAGACCACCUCGCUCGGACCAGAGGUUUUGGUUUGCGCCCGAGUCCGGUUGCCGUGUUCUUAAGUACCGCACCGAGGAGGGAAACCACACCAGGGUCCCGUUCAAACUGUCUAAACGCUGCCGCAUAUGUGAAAGCACUCAAAGACGAGCUAAAGCUCCACUAACAUCACUCCAAUAGUGUCGUAGCUCCAAACAUAUCUUAGCUGAUCAGCCAGAGGGAAAUCGUGUGGGUUAUUUUUUUUUAGUUUUGGUUGAACGUUUUCGUCAAGCCCAAUUUAGUGUUAAACUGCAUUGCUUGUUGGAAUUAAACAUAAAUAAACAUUCUCCUUAA